AUGCUCGAUCGUCAAAAUGAAGAAUUGUCGAAAGUCGAACAAAAAUUAAAACAGUUGGCCAAACAGAAUGGCCUUUCGAGCAUACGAUAUACUAUUGUUAUGUUACUCAUGGAACUGAACGAAAUCAAACGUAAUAAAACAAUGUUAAACGAAAUCAGUCUAUUACAUUGGCAAGAAUCACCGAAAGAAUUACAACGACAAAUUGCUAGCGAAUCUGUCGAACAUAAAAAAUCCGAUAUUUUUAAUAUUAAACGUGUCAAACAUGAAAAAUCGAUGGAUAUUACAUCGGAUAUGAUUGUCAAAACGAUGAAACAGACCGAUGAAAAUCCGUAUUCGUUUUCUGAUGAUAAACGAGAUCAGCUUAUUCAAUUGAUAAAAUCAUUAAGUGAUGAAAAAAUCUGUUUCGAACAAGAUUCAGCACUCGAAUUUUUAAUCAAUUAUUUUCAUCGGCAAACAUCUGAAUCAAUACAAUCGAUAAUCGAAAUUUUGAAAUCACUUAUGGCUAUGUUCAUCCUUCUCGAUUCGACUUCAUUGGCCGAAAUAUGUAAAGACUUAUUACAAUUUUGUGAAAAACAUGCACAUGAUCAAACCGACCGUUUUCAUUUACCGGCUCCGAAAUUGGAACAAUUUCGAACAAAAACUUUAGAAAAUGCCAUUACACAACGAUCAGCACACUUGCAGACAUUGAAUCCGUACGAUAAAACAAAUCUUAUGUUAAUAACAUCGGAUGAUCAAGAUAUUCAAGCAUAUAAAUUAAUACAUAUUUAUCCACAUUUUGUUCGACUCUACAAACGACAUGAAACUUUAACAAGAAUUUUACGUGAUCAAUCAAAUUACAAUAAAUCGAUGGGUAUUCAAUUAUCCUAUUUGCGAUUAUCUGAUUGUAUUGCACUGCUCUUUCCUGAGCUACCAAUGCUCUUCAUGGGAUCCCUUCAACUAUAUGCAAUUUCUGAUGCUGUUGUUCAUCAAUAUGACCAAGAUCUUCAACAAUGUAAAGCUCAAAAAGCUAAUAUUGAAAAAGAGCUAACCAAAUUGGCAUCCGAUCAUAAUAGACGAGAACAACUAGAAACCGUUAAGACAGAUGCAGAUAAUGCAUAUAUUAGAAGCGAGCAAGAUUACCACAGCAACUUGAAUAAAGAAGCUCUUAAACAAAUUCGUCAACUUAUGGAAAUUAAUCGUCAGUUACAAGUCAAAUGCAAUCAUUUAGCAACACAAAUCAUAGAGAAAAUCGAAAAUAAACAACAAACAAAGAAUGACCUUCAAGAAACACAACGUUUAAUUACAUCAAAUAUUGUUCUUCCGAUUGUCGGUGUACCUCAAAUAUCAUCAAUUACUAUGACUGUGGAUACGCUGUAUCAUAAUACAAAAGAACUCAGUCGCGUUGCUUUUCAAAUCGAUAAGUUCGCGGAUGAUGCACGAGUUAUUUACUCGUCCAAAGUCCUAUCAAUUCUACUAUACCAUUGUUCUAGUCUAUAUGCACGCAUUACAAUAUUUCUCGUUCAACUAUUUAAAACACAACAAACAAAUCAAUUAACAUUGGCACAGUUGAAAACAAUGAAACUCGAUAUUGGAAAUGACUCAUGUGAAUGGGAUGAUUGUAUGAAGAGACUAUUGAUUUUGAGCGGAUUUCGUGAAUGUAUACAUCUACCUGGUACAAGUUUACCCGUUGAUGAAUAUUCAUUAAAAGAAGUUCACAAAAAUCUAAUUUAUGAUUUCUCUCUACUACGACAUAGCUUACAACUUCGAUAUACACACAUCUUCGGCGAUAUUUGUUACAAUCCAGUAGCAAUUAUUAAUGAUUUAGAACGAAAAAUGAAAGAACUGAUAGAAAUCGACGAUUGGAAGAAUAGUGGACGUAUCGUAAAAUCAACAUUAAAGACAAAUCUAUUAGUUCAAGUCAGUUAUAAUUUGAAUGUUCUUGUCAAUAGUACACAAUAUUUAAUGACAAAAAUUCUUGAGAAUAUGACAGAUAAAUUGGAACUUGAAACAUUAAACAGUAUUGAACCAUUUCUAACAAAUUUAAAAGUGUCGAUUCAUUUGUCAUGUUCAUCAUCUCUCGAUACAAUGCACACCGAAUUCUUAGAAUAUAUUUAUAAAGAUCAAUUAGAUUUGCUGUUAGACCACGGACUCAUGGUUAUAGAAUGUUUAUAUAAUGAACGAAAGAAGUUAGUCGAACCAUUGAGUCACAUACAAUCCGUAUUGGAAAAUUUUGUCGAUCAUUUUGCCUUAUUUUUGAUUCAACUAUCUCAACAAUACCAACAAAAACAGGUCGAUUCUCUACAAAAUCAAUACAACAGUACAAUGAAAGCUCGUUUAAAUUUCGAUGAUAUUCAUUUGCUUGAAGCUUUAUCAAAAACAAAUUUAAUUCGUCAUUUUCAUCAUAUUGAAAAUAUCGAUAAAAAUCUCGAUUGGUACAACCAUUUGACGCAGUUUCUUGUACAAGGUUCGUCACAAGCAUCAUGUAUACUUCGUUCAUUUGCUGCACCAACAACAACCAAUCCUAAUUCAAAUUCGAAACGAUUACGUUACUCAUUUGUUUUCAAAUUAUUAAAUGAUGAAGGACAACAAAUACUUGUAUUUCUACAACAAACGAUCGGUCAACUGAGAGCAAAAUAUCCUGAAAUUGAAAUGCUCAAUGAUGAACCCGUUAUUGUUUAUCUUAUACAUUUGACAAAAUUGCUUCGCUAUGAAUUAUUACAAAUGUCAACAAUGAAUUUAAAAGCAUUGAAAUGCAAUUUGAAUAAUAUAGAUCGUCUUACGCCACGACCGAAUGCACAGGAAAUCAAAUCAAUAAGUGAUGAGUGGAAUAAAGAAAUCAAUCUAUUAUUAGCACAUCGGAAAAAGAUCAAUGAAGAAUUGAUAAAUCAAAAAAUCGAGAACUACCACGAUCGAGUUCGGACCAUUGAGGAAGAAAAUAAACAUUUAAAAAUUGAUUAUGAUCUCAAAUGUAAACAAGCUCAUGGAAGAAUUGAAUAUAUAAAAAAACUCUCAAUCGAUAUAGUCAACAAUGUCAAACUUAUUGGACAACUUUUACAUGAAGCAAAAUAUAGAUCAAACAAUUUCGAUAUAGAAAAUAGCGAUACAUUGUUAAAUGACACAGUACAAAUUGUAAGGGAAUUACUUAGAGUUCAACAAUUGAUUCCUAAACAAUGUCGAUUGGACGAUGAUAAAGAAGGAAAAUAUCUUAAGAAUAUGACAUGUCUAGAUUCGAUUCGUAUUGAAGUUAAAAGUGUCAAAUAUCAUGAUACACUAAUAUAUACGAAUUGGAGUUAUAUUCGUCUAACAGAAUGGGAUAGUCGAAUUCAACUGAUUUCAGAAGGACAUGAUAAAGAAAGAGUCGAAGGCUUUUCGAAGCCAUUGGAUUACGACUUAACAUCAACAUCGGUAAGUGAUUUAUUUCAAUAUUCAAUACCAUCACCAUCCGAUAGCAGUUCUACAUCAUCGUCAACACCUUGGAUAUUAAUAUUGUUCGCCGGUACUACACAAAAUAAUAAAUGGGCAGAAAUGACUCGUA